AUGGAUGGCAUCUUGCAACUCUUCCAGAAUAAACUCAUCUGCUCCAUCUGUAGAAACGGCUUUGUAGACCCCAUCACCAUAGACUGUGGGCACAGCUUUUGCAGGCCCUGUUUCCACCUCAGCUUGCCAAACAAGUCAGUUCUGUAUCACUGCUCUGAAUGCCAGAAAGAAAUCCAGCAGAAAAACUUUCACACAAAUGUCCGUCUCAAGCAAAUGGUUCUCAGUGUCAGACAAGCCAGCCUGUGGCAUUUCCUGCGCUCUACUGAAAAUAGGUGUAGGAUACACAUGGAGGCAAAGCAGAUUUUCUGUGAGGACCAGAGGAGCCUGUUCUGUUUGCACUGCUCUACCUCCCAGGAGCAUGGGGCUCACAGACAUGGCUCAGCAGAAGAGGCGGCUGAGCAACACAGGGAGAAACUCCUCAAGACAAUGUGCUCUUUAUGGGAGAAAUGUCGUGAAAAUGACAGGAUGCUGAAUGUGGAAACUGUCACAAUCUGUUCUUGGGAGAUUUAUGUGACCUCAACACGGGAAGCGAUCAGUGCUAGAUAUGAUUAUUUGCCUCUAUUUCUCCCUCUGGAAGAGCAUCGUCUUUUAGAGAAACUGCAAAGGGAAGGCAAGGAGAUUUUUGACCAACUCAAGGCCAGUGAAGCCUGCAUGGCAAACAAGAGGGAGCUUUUAAGAGGAAUGUAUACAGAGCUGAAGGAAAUGUGCAAUAAACCAGAUGAAGAGAUGCUCCUGGAUUUUGGAGACAUAUUGCAAAGGAGUGAGGCACUGUGUGAGUACAUGCCCCAGCCUGUGAAAGCAGAGCUCACUGCAGUGACUGUCCCUGGGAUGAUUACAAGGUUCAGGAACUUCAAAGAAAACACCACUCAGUGUCUUAGAAGAAUUCAAAGUCAUGUCUUCUUACAGGGAGAUUUGAUUAGCCUGAGUAUUGGAUGUCCGAGUCAAGGUGAACCAGUUGCCUUUCCACAAUCUGAGUGUUUUCUUUACUGGUAUGGUCAGACUUUUUCCACUGGAAAACAUUACUGGGAGGUAAACGUGGGACAAAUUAGAAAUUGGGCUUUAGGAGUCACUUGUGAUGAUUGGAUAGCAAAUAAUAUAAAUCUCCAUAAGGCAUACUAUCUUCUUGGCUGGGCUAAAACCACGAUGCACCACAAUGUCUUCACCACCAACCCACUUGUACUGCAGUAUGUGCCCAAACCUACUGGCCAAAUAGGGGUGUUCCUAGAUUAUGAAGAUAGAAGUGUGACCUUUGUGAAUGUAGCACAAAGUUCCCUUAUAUGUAGAAUCUCCUCUUGCUCUUUCUCUCUCUGUCUCAGGCCUGUCUUUUGCUGCAGUCACUUCUGA